ACACAUCUUCUUGACUCUGUGACACGCUCGAGUUAUUGUUGUAAGUAAUAUCGUAAUCAUUAAUAACUGUUUGACUAGAAACAUAUAUUCGGCGUGCGUGUUUAACAAUACUUGUGAAUUGGAUCCUGGGAAGCAUGUCAUUAUGUUGAACUUCUGAGACUGAAAUUUUAAUUCAAUUUUUUUCCUUUGUUACCACUUUUUCCGAAGAUAUAAGGUACAAGGUCGACCUGGCUGGAUACUGAAAAAGGUAUGUAAGAUAUGUUUUCUGAUGAGAUUUCGACCACAGCCAUACUUAAAGAUUCGACAAUAUUUAAACCUGAUGACAGCGCAACGUCGCAUUUCACCACCACCGAUGUAACCAAUAUGGAUAAUUACACAACCAUGUGGACUUCUAGUGUUUAUAAUGUCACAGGGGCGGAUUUGAACACAUUAGAGUUGGAAAAGUUCCGUGACAAAUACAUCCCAGCGGUGGUUUAUCUUGCUAUACUGUGUGUUGUCGGGUCUAUUGGAAAUGCCCAUGCAUUUCUAGUUUACUUGUAUAGAUAUAAAACUUCGAACCACAAAAUGUUCGUUGUGUGGUUAGCCGCCGUUGACUUUGUCGCCUGCUCCUGCAGUAUUCCAUUUGAGAUCAUGGACGCUCGACAUAGCUAUACGUUCACGUCAAUAAGUGCAUGCAAGGUGUUCCGGUUCCUGAACCAUUUCGUAACAUUGUGUUCGGGCAUACUGCUAGGUGUAAUUGCAGUAGAACGCUAUCGGAAGGCAUGUGUUCCAAUGGGGAGACAACUAACUGCAAAGGAAGCAAAAUAUUCAUGUUUUAUAACUGUCAUCGUUUCGUUUGUUUUAUCGAUUCCUGCCCUGAUUUUCUAUGGACCAACAUCUAAACCUGUUGACAAUUUUCCGGAACUCAUCGGAUCUGAUUGUACUGUUUCCAAACUUUAUAAGAAAACUUAUUUUAAAAUGUAUUCUUCAUUCCUUCUAUUAUUGUGUACAACCGUCUUCGUUGUAUGUGUUGUAACGUACACAUUUAUCGGACGAGUCCUCUAUCGUCAAAUGAAGUUCCGACGGGCGUCUCAAACGUCGUCACCAAAGCAACGACUCAAUAGCUUGUCAUCGUGUAGAGGCGGGACAAUAAGCUCGGACGGCGGAGUCACAACCACACUUAAAAGGGACGACAACUCUGUACAUGUCCAUGAGGACGAGUCAAGCUACGGUCAGCAUAACCGGAAGUCACUUGCUAGGUCAGUGUCGACCGUGUCCGCCUUCAAAAUGUCGGCGAAAAAAAUGAAGAUCUUCGACAGAAGUAAACAAAUAACGCUGAUGUUUUUAGUUGCCACGGCCAUAUCGUAUGCUGGCUACCUCCCCCACCUUGUCCUUGUCAUCAUACAGGGGGUCAGUCCCGCGUCUUAUGACAGCAUUGCUGCCUCGAUUGGUGCUCUCAGUUCGAUUCUAAUCCGGGGAUAUUUCCUGAGUAACGUGACCAACCCUCUUGUGUACUGCUUUCUUGAUGACCGAUUCAGACGCGAGUGUAGAAAAAUGUAUUGUCAGCUCAAGCAUUGCUUUGACCCGAAUCGCCGGUUUCACUGAUGACGAAAUACGAACAGUGGAAACAAAUGUUGUGUAUAAGACAUUUACAACUGUAGCCCUUUUCAGUUGGUAUAAACAUGUACGUGCUAUGCAUUUUACAGUCUUCACAGCUCUGAUUUAGCUGGUGUUGUUUUUGCGCCAACUUCAGAUAAAAUCGUACAUAAUGGAACUUGCAUUUAUGAUGUAUGUGAAGUUACUUUACCUGAAAUAUUCUUCGUCGGUGUAUGCGAUUGAGGGAAUAAGCACUAAUUGUCAUUAUGGACUUUAGUGAAUGCUUUAUAAUGUUUGCAUUGUUUGGGUAAGAGGGAAAUAGACAUUUCAUUAACCCGGAAACCUGAUUAGUUAUCUACCGAGAUUGAAGUAUAAUGCUAAUGGAUCGUGAUACGGAGUUAACACAAUGAACAUUUCCUCUAGUCAUUGUGUUAGAGUUAAAAAGCAAGAUAGAACUGUCUAAUCCACCGAUUAACAUGAAGUACCUUAGAUGUGUGUCUUUCAUUUCCUAAGAAUCUAUGCAGUUAGAAGUCAGACUUCACUUCAUAUAUCACGAUUCUGGUUUUGAUAUAAGAACUAUCAAACAUACACUACGCACUGAUACGAAUAUAGGUUACAUACACAGCUUUUUUAUACCUCAUUAUUGGCGUUGAUUAUAUGAAAUCAUCCUUAGUUUUAAAUUAGUUUUAAAAUUUAUUUUAGAUACAGGUAAAUAUAAUACUGCGUUUAUGGUUGUUUGGUAUUAUGUUAAAAUCCGCUAUAUCGGGUGUAUUGUGAUUAUAUAUACCUUUCCAUGUGACGCCAUUUAUAAUCAGAGAUAUGUAAUAUAUGUUUAAUGAUCAAUGAAUAACAUUUUAAGAAACAUUUUAGUCAUUACAGAACAAAAUGUCGCCUUGGGAGAGAAAUCGAUGAUUCAAGUUUGUUUUUCAUCCAGACAAGUUUACCGACUUUUGCUGAUUAAAUUGCAUUUAAUGUACAGUCGUUUUACAAAACAGAAUUCUAGUCAUCAUACGAAAUACUUAAUUUAAAUGAAACCUGUAUUGCCUUUGGAACCGUUACGAUGAUGAAAUCUCUGACGACAAUAUUAACGACUUUUUUACGAGGUUUUGAAUGGCAGGUCUUAUCUAUCGUCGAGACAUUCAUGCGCUGACUGCAAAAAGCACAUUAUAGUUCACUAUAUAAUACCGUACGCGGUCCAAAUAGGUUAUUCUAUAUACGUAAUAUUAUUACAGAUACCCUUUUCUGCUUCAGUAGUUCAAUCUUAACAUAGAUGUUUACGCAUUAUUCGUUUUGUUGUUGUUGAUUUUGACGUACCCUAUGUCAAACACAUUGUAUAUAUGUAGAUGACCAUGUCCUUGGCUUUAGACACGCCGUUAAACCCCGUGCAAACAAAUUAACUGUAGCAGGCUAUAAACAUCAAAGAGGGCAAACGUUCAGGAAAAUGUUUUCUCGCAUCGCAGAGAGAGUUACCAAACGUGAUAAAACUGUUAAGUAAGCACAUGUUCGCGAGCCAAUACGGUCGCACACUCGCUAAAUGGUAAUGACCAGCCUUAUCUCUUCGCUGGUAAUACUUCAUUCACUGUUAAACAUUUUAUGGUCAAGUGAAGUGAUCUUAAACAGGUUCGUGAUAUAUAUAAUAUUUCAAUAAACAUAGCAUAAAAUAUAACGUUUUAAACAACUCACCAUAAAAAAUGCAAACAGGAAAUAGGUAUACAACUGAUAUUCAAAUUUUACAAACCUUAACCCUUUGAUCUGAAUAAACAAACAAUAAGUUAUUUUUAGUUCAACCUAAUGUAGGUUCAUGUGCAAAAGGUAGAGCCGACCGCAGAGAGGAAGUUGUCCUCUCUCGCGACUACGCAUAGGCCAUACCUACAUCACAAAUAUUUACAUUUUACACAAGGAAGACCAGCCUUAUUGUCAUGUAUGUGAUCAACCAUUUACAGUCAAACACUUUAUGAUUGAAUGCGCUGAUUUCAAACAAAUACGUGACAGAUUUUACAAUGGACCCUCAAUGAAACGUUUACUUGAUACAGUUUCUGUGCAAUCAAUCUAUAAUUAUUUGCAUUCAAUUAAUCUCUAUAAUAAGAUAUUAUAUAUUUCAUAAACAAUUCGUUUGCUAUUGAUAUAUUUUGACAUAUUUUAAACAUUUUAACCUUUAGUUUCUAGUUUUCAUGUAUUUAUGUUUUGUGAAUGUCUUUUUUCUACAUUGUUGUUUGGUCCUAAAUGACUCAAAUUGUCGAUGAGCCGUUAAACAAUACAAUAAUAAUACAAUAAUAGUUGCUUUUGAUAUGUGUCAAAUUCUUCGAGUUUCUUUAUGACGCACAAGGGUCAAAAGACCUGUUUGUGUCAAUGACCCUUAAACUCGAAAAAAUCAAUCAAACAACGAACAACCCACAUUUAAAAUAUUCUAAAUAAAAACGAGUCGUUAAAUCUAUUGUUUGAUGUCAUUUGUUUUAGGACAUUGAAUAAAAUUAUUAAUAUCGUAA